AAAAAGUAAUCCUCAUCUGGGCUCGAACCACAAACCCCUGAUGCAAAAUUCUAACGCUUAGAUCGAUCGUCCAACCAUGCUCACACAAUGAGUAAUAUAUUUUAUAAUUCAUAAAAGCAAGCCUCGUAAUGUCACAAAAUAUAACGACAACAACAAAACUCUCUAAAUUAUUCAAUCGUUUCGCGUUGCAACGCUUUAUAAUUUUCAGGUUUUUAAAUCAUCAAAAGAUGCAUAAAAUAGAUAUUUUAGAGCAUGGUAAAUUUACAGUAUUUAUGUUUCCUCACAAAUAUCAUAACUACAACGAAAAUUUGCGAAUCUGAAACAUGUUUUUCCAGUAAAUUUUUCAAAACGUACAAAGGUUCCUUUAAAGGCAUGCGGACACAGAACGUGGUUGAAACUGUCGCCGCAUCAUGCAUGGAAUGCGGUAUCCAUGCUCUCCUGUUAUUGUUUUGUGCCAUCUGCCGUCAUUCGACGAGGAUUGUGAACUAGUGAGCGCAGCGUCUCCGGGCAGCGAUGUGGCGAACAUCUUUGUGGACUUAUAGUGGAUUAUUAAAAAUUUGACGAUUCUAUUAACGUCCAUUGCAAUGUCGGUACAAAAGAAUUAUCUGCGAAAACAUUUAAAAGUGGUUCCCGUACCACAGACUUCAACCCAGCUAGAAGACGCACGUAACGCUGUCAUGCGUAGGUUUUCUAGGCCACAGCACCCUGCGCAAGAACACUCAACGGGCUUCGCUAAUGUACAGAAUGCGGAAAGAAACGUGUACGUGAACGCAUCCCCGCACGAUAAAAAAGAUUUCAGAUCCCACGUUUAUCGACCGUAUAUUAAAAACUACAACAAAUACGACAUAAACGGUCGUCUCAUAAAACGUGACGCUGACACGUAUGCGCAUGCGUAUAAGGAGAAGCUGUCACCGGACACUGAUGUGGCUAUUGAAGCCACGCGGAGGAAGUCUUUUGGUUCCGACACGGGUAAGGACGAAACUGGUUCCAGGCCGAUGACAGCGCGACCGGACUCACGGUGGGAGAGACGGGACUAUCAUCAAACUGAAGAGUCACAAACAGCGUUCGUCAUAGAAAAUGAGCUCGGGCAACUUGCACCGAUGAAGAUACCUGGAGAGAAACGCAGUCCCCGAGUAGGAUACACGCCUAGAGGAAAAAUCGAACUUGGACGGCAAAGUAAAACGUCGGCGGUGUCACUUGAUUCCUUUGGCCGACCACAAUCACGAAGGUCUGGUAAAAUUAAAAACAUGCACGUGAAUAAAGACAUUCCAGAAACGACACAUACGCCGCAAGAAUUAAAUUUGCAUCAUCAAAUUAACACUGGGAGUCCUUCACCCGCUAGUCGUCGGGCUCAUGUGAACCAAGACGCCGAAUACGAACUUGAUCACGUGAUAUUCGGCCUUGAGGAUAUUGAUUUAGAUGUCGACCCAGUGGCGUAUUUCAAUUACGAAUACAAAUUUGACAGUUUUGGUUCCGUUAAAAGGCCUCUAAUGAAAAAAAGUGUGGGUAAUACUUUUGAAACAAAUGGUCGCUAUAAAUGUGUUACGAAAAAUGCGUUUGAUGGAAACCAUCAUUUGAAAACUGACGAAGCGGAGCACAUAAAAAGAAACGCUUAUAUUGCCUCUAAAAUUCCAGUCUCUACCAAGUCGUUUGGCCUCAAUGAUAAUUUGAGAAAUAAUCAAGUACAUGCAUUUCCACAAAAACAAAGACAUAUGUCAGAUCACGGCAUGUAGGUUCGCAAUCCUAAUGCUCAGAUGCUUUACAUUUGUUUGCUGGCUCAAAUUUAAUCAAAAGGUAAAAACUCUUUGAGGGA